CAGAACUAAUAUUUGCUACAACCAGAGACUGAAAUGGUAUGACUGGAGCUUUUAAUAAUUUGGCUUUAACAGCUCCAUCAUUUUCUGAGAACUUGGAACGGAAUUUGGGCUCUGCUUCUGCACUAUCCUAGGUUAUAAUGCCAUCCUUGCCUAAUGAGGGAGAUAACCAUGGAACUACUCCUCUGACUUUGAGUUCGGAACUACCGUAUCAAAGCACAAUUAAAAGAAAAGUCGGAAAGAAGAAGGACGGAGUCAUCACUGCAAAUGUCGCUGGCACAAAAUAUGAAAUUGUACGUGUAGUAAUACGAGAAAUGGGAUUUGUAAAAACGCGUGAUGAAGAUGAAACAGCUAAUCUUGUAUGGAGUGAUUCUGCUGUGCAACAAGAAAAGAUUGCUGAACUUCGGAACUAUCAGAGAAUCAACCAUUUUCCAGGAAUGGGAGAGAUCUGCAGAAAGGAUUUUCUGGCAAGAAACAUGACUAAAAUGAUCAAGAGUCAGCCUCAGGAGUAUGGUUUUAUUCCUCGAACAUGGAUCUUCCCUGCAGAGUACACACAGUUUCAGAACUAUGUAAAAGAACUGAAGAAGAAACGUAGACAGAAAACUUUCAUAGUCAAACCAGCUAACGGUGCCAUGGGACAUGGGAUCUCUUUAAUAAGAAAUGGAGAAAAGUUACAAGCUCAGGACCACUUGAUUGUUCAGGAAUAUCUUGACAAACCAUAUCUUAUGGAAGGCUACAAGUUUGAUUUACGUGUGUAUAUUCUUGUAACCUCCUGUGAUCCAUUAAAAGUAUUUUUAUAUCAUGAUGGACUAGUGAGAAUGGGCACGGAAAAGUAUCAUCCCCCCAGUGACUCAAAUUUGAGUCAAUUGUAUAUGCAUCUGACUAACUACUCUGUCAAUAAACAUAAUGAACACUUUGAACGGGAUGAAACGGAAGACAAAGGAAGCAAACGCUCCAUAAAAUGGUUUACUGAGUUUCUAGAAACAAAUAAUCUUGAUGUCACCAAAUUCUGGAGUGAUAUUUCAGAGUUAGUAGUGAAGACUCUCAUAGUUGCAGAGCCCCAUGUUCUUCAUGCUUAUCGCAUGUGCAGGCCAGGGCAAGCGCCAGGAAGUGACAGUGUCUGCUUUGAAGUCCUGGGAUUUGAUAUUCUGCUGGACAGAAAACUAAAACCGUGGCUCCUAGAGAUUAAUCGUGCCCCAAGCUUUGGAACUGAUCAAAAAAUAGACUAUGAUGUAAAAAAAGGCGUUCUGCUAAAUGCAUUAAAGCUUCUCAACAUACGGACAAGUGACAAACGGAGAAAUUUAGCUCAACAGAAGGCCGAGGCUCAAAAAAGACUCUAUGGUCAAGGUUCAAUGAAAAAACUCUUGCCAGGGUCCUCAGACUGUGAGAAGCAGCGCCACACACUGGAAAGGAGAAAAGAAGAACUGAAGGAAAGACUUGCACAAGUACGUAAACAGAUUUCCAAAGAGGAGCAUGAAAAUAGACACAUGGGGAACUACAGGCGAAUUUACCCUCCUGAUGAUAAGACAUUACUUGAAAAGUAUGAGAGUUUGUUAGCUACUGCUUUCCAGACAUUUCUUGCUGGGAGAGCAGCUUCACUUCAGCGGGAAAUGAAUAACCCUUUAAAAAAAAUGAAGGAAGAGGACAUUUUGGAUCUUCUGGAACAGUGUGAAAUAGAUGAUGAAAAACUAAUGGGAAAAUGCACCAGGCAGCGAGGACCUAAGCCCUUGUGUUCAAUGCCAGAAAGUGCACAGCCCUUAAGAAAACUUAAGAACUACAAUAGUGAUACUAGCUGUGAUAGUGGUAGCAGUAUGUCAGAAUCGGGAGAAGAAACUGAAAAGGAAGAUCACAAUGAAAAAAAAGAGAAAAAGGUUUUGUAUGAUCUUGAAGAAAAGAAAUACAAAUCUUUGGAACGAUCAGGUCCAAUAAGGCGUUCUGUAAGCUGCCCUCGUUCAAUAUCAAUAUUGACUAUGCAGUCACAGGCAGCUGAGCAACGUCCCAUUUCAGCCAAAGCAUCUCUGCAAAUCCAGCGUGCAUCCUCAGUGAAUAGGUCUCAUUCUUUAAAUCGCAGCCCAUCUUCAGCCAGAGUCUCUCAGACACCCAGCUUGGGAACUAUGAACUCUUCAGGGAGUGAGUCUUUGCUGCAGCAGAAAACAAAAGAGCAAGAAGUUGCUUUGACAAAAGAAACUCUUCUCAUUAUCAAUGACAUGAGAAUGAAGUUCCCAGGUAAAACAGAUGAAGAAUCAGAAUUAAUUAUAGAAGAUAUUAUGGAUAAUUGGAAGUAUCAUAAAACAAAAGUGGCAUCCUAUUGGUUGGUAAAAUUGGAUUCUGUAAAGCAACGAAAAGUUUUGGAUAUAGUCAAGACAAGUGUUCAUGCAGUUCUACAGUGUGUCUGGAAGGCUCCAGACAUUGAAAAUUUACAUCUGUACCGUCUCUUUAACCGUGUAUUUAAUCGCUUGCUUUGGAGCCAUGGUCAAGGUCUAUGGAACUGUUUCUGUAAUUCAGGGAGCUCUUGGGAAACCACAUUCGGUAAAAGCACAGAGGUGGUGACUCCAGAGCAGCUCCAGUGUUGCCAACGAAUAGUACAGCUUUGUAAACACUGCCUGCUGGUGGUUUACAAAUACUCAUCAGAUUCAAGAGGAUCCCCAACUGCAGUUAGCCCCCACUGGGAUGAUACAAGGUAUUUAUUGCCAGGACCUUCACUAUUCAUCAUGAAAUCAUCCUCGUCCAACCUUAGCUGCAGUUCAUCUGGAAUGCCUCGCCCUAACAUUUUGUUCACACACAGAUACAGUCACUUGUGA